CAGUUCACUUGUCGUUUGUACGUGCUAAAAAUUGUUCAAACAUUGUGAAUUUUAUACAUUUAUACUCAAUUGUAUAAAAAGUUUCCAAAGUACAAUAUUAUAUUGUAGUGAAAAUUAAAUCACAACCAAGUGUUACUUAUAAUUGUAAUAUGGCAUCUGGAAAUAUGAAUCAACAAAACUCAGCAGCAACUUCAGCACAAGAAGAAGGACCUAAAGCAGCAGGCAAACCUCUGUCAGAAGUUCUUCGUCAACUUGAAAAUUAUACUCCUACAAUUCCUGAUGCCGUGACGGAGUAUUAUAUGCAUACUGCUGGAUUAAAUACACCAGAUCCUCGAUUAGUUCGAUUGAUAUCUCUAGCAUCACAGAAAUUCAUAGCAGAUAUUGCGAACGAUGCUUUGCAACAUUAUAAAGCACGAGGAGCAAACCAAAGUUCCAAAUCCAAAGGAAAGGAUCGUGAACACAACUUAACGAUGGAAGAUCUUGCUUCAGCAGUAGCAGAACGUGGAAUAGUUGUGAAGAAGCCUCCUUAUUUUGUAUAAAGCCACUAAAAACUAUUCUAUG